AUGCCAGGCGCUCUGGAAGUGAUACCUGGCGAUGAGCCGGGCCUGAAUGGCGCUCCUAUCGAAGAAGAGGUGGUGUAUGAGCCAUACGUCAUCCUAGACCAGAACCUGGACCUGGAGCUCAAUUUUCGGGAGCAGCGCAUCGAAGGCACGAGCACUAUCAAGGUAUUCUGUGUCGGAGCCGCAGAUGAGUCCGGCUCCAUCGCUCUCGAUGCCCGCCAGUGCGAGAUCGACUUGGACAAUGUCACGGUGAACGGCAGGAAGGUCAAGGCGGAGUAUGAUGAUCCGUACAAGCUGCUGGAUACCCCCAAAGGCUACGAGUGGUCUUACCAACAGCAUGCCCUUCGGAUGAGCCGCAUGGCUCCCCUGAUGCAGAAGAAACGGGCUGAGCUGCCCAUGAUUGGGAGAGAUGGCAAGGGCUGCAUGCCUAUAGAUCGAUCUCUCCGUGUGUGGCUGCAUCCAAAGGAGCCGACCCCAGCUCCCGCAAAGUCGAAGAUCACCAUCAAGAACCGGAACUCCCUCAACCCAAGCAUGUCAUUUUCAAAUGACAAAGAAGUCAUAUUCACUAUAGCAAUCCCUUUCAAGACACGACAUGUUCGCGAUGGACUACACUUUGUUGGUGUUGAGGAUAGCGAUACCCGAUAUCCGCAUGUGUAUACUCGCCAUUCCCAUGAGGCAGGGUUUGCCAGCUGCUUGUUCCCUUGUGUUGAUGACAGGUCGAAAACACACUGGACUGUUGCACUCAAAUUCCCACGAACUGUUGGAGAUGCUUUGAAGCAGCCUUUAGCCACGCAAGGCAGCUCUUCUAGUGCUCUUGUCAACAGCUCUUCACGGCAAGGGAAGAAAGGCAAAGGUUCUGAUCAUCGAGACUUCACAAUGACUGAGGAAGACAAGUUGCUGGAGAUGACUGCUGUGUGCUCGGGCAAUUUGGUUGGAGAACAUGUUGAUCCGGUCGAUGAGACAAAGAAGGUCAUGCAAUUCGAGGCCAGUCAGUGUGGUGCGCAACACAUUGGCUUUGCUAUUGGCCCUUUCGAGGACGUGGACUUGCAUUCAGCGUUUCGUUCCGAAGAAGAUGAUGAGGCUCUCAAAGAGAGCGCAGUCAAGGUCCAUGGAUAUUGCUUGCCAGGGAGAGGUGCUGAGGUUCUCAACACCUGUGCACCGUUCGCGCAUGCCACAGAUUUUUUCUCCUUCACAUUCACUAAAUACCCUUACGACAGCUACAAACUGUGUUUUGUGGAUGAUAUGAUCGAAGACACGGUUCCUUUGCAGUCCUUCUCCCUCUGCAGUACCCGACUACUAUACCCUGAGGAAGUGAUAGACACAGAAAUCGAAGUCACCAGAAAGCUCAUCCACACGCUGGCAAGCCAGUAUUUCGGCAUAUACAUUGUCCCCAAUAAGCGUACAGAUACGUGGAUCGUUGUCGGUCUGGCAUACUACAUGACGGAUCUGUUCAUGAAGAAAUUGUGUGGCAACAAUUACUAUCGCUUCCAGAUGAGGUACUGGUCUGAUAAGCUGGUCGAUGCUGACCUCGGCCGACCGUCGUUGCAUGAGCUCGGAGAACAUCUACACCUUGGAGAUUUCGAGGUCGAGUUCAUGGCCCUGAAAGCCCCGUUAGUUGUUUUCAUCUUGGAUCGACGGAUGCUCAAGUCUUCUAACACGGCCGGAAUUUCUCGCGUUAUCUCUGGCCUCUUGAGAGAAGCUAGUAUGGCGAUUGACACUGUUGACGUAUCUCCGUUUGUUGUAUCUUCAGACAAAUUACGAAAGAUAUGCGAGAAGAAGGGUCGCAUUCGUUUAGACGCAUUCUGGGACCAGUAUAUCAUGGGUGCCGGAUGCCCACGUCUCUCCAUCACACAGAGAUUCAACAAGAAGAAACUUGAAGUCGAGCUGAUUGUCAGGCAGGAGCAAGUUGAGUUUGCUCAAAGGCCACGACCUCUAGAAAAGGAUGAUUUCUGGAGAGACCUAAAAGAGGAGCGGCAUCAAGUGUAUGCAGGCGAAGUCCGGUUGGUCUUUACGGGACCUAUGACGUUCCGAGUCCAUGAAGCAGACGGUACGCCGUAUGAACAUUUACUCGACAUCAAACUGGAUGCAGCGGCAACUAAGGGCUCUAAGCUGCCUUUGCCAUACAACACAAAAUACAAACGUUUGAAAAAGAUGCGUCAAAAGAAAAAGGAGAAGGAGCUUGCAAGAGCGGCCGCCCAAGCCAGGGGCGAAGAGAAGAAAGAUGAUGAUGACAAGGAUGAAGAUGACGGACCUUCUAUCAACGUCUUCGGCGAUGUUCUCAUCACUCCUGAGGAGAUGGCAGAGUGGAAACUCGUAGAUUGGGACGAGAAGCAGCAAGACUUGAUGGAUAAUGAAUCCUUCGAGUGGAUUCGUGCGGAUUGCGACUUCGAGUGGAUCUGCCAGAUGAAGACUUCGCUUGCGGUUUAUAUGACUGUGUCGCAGCUUCAGCAAGACAGAGAUAUCGCUGCGCAAGUAGAGGCCAUGUUGCUUCUGGGUCGAAAUAGGCCAAGCAACAUCCAGACGACUGUUCUGCUGAGGACCUUGUAUGACAAGCGUUACUAUCAUGGCAUUCGACGGAUGGCAGCCGAGAUUCUAACGGAUCAUGCGCACGUGAAGAACAGCUGGCGUGGAAUGUGGCACCUUAUGCGUGUCUUUCAGACUUUCUACUGCUUCCCUGGUACAUCGACUCCUCGACCGAAUGACUUCUUCAAUAAGCAGGAAUACAUGGUCCAAGCAGCUAUUCCGGGUGCUUUAGCCCUUAUCCGGGGUGGAGAGGAUCAGUGUCCUCCCGAGGCUCGUCACUUCAUUCUUGAACAGUUGAUUUUCAACGACAAUGAGAACAACCCUUACACUGAUCACUUCUAUGUUGCAAAGCUGCUUGACGCUCUCGCCACCAGUCUUGUUAGAGGAAAGACGGAACCAGGUUUCACAAUAUCAGAUGAACAGAAGAUUGAGCGAGAGCAGUUUCUUGAGAAGGCGUUGGAACAGAUCGAGCGAUAUCGCAGAAUGGACGAGUGGGCUUGCUCUUAUCAAAACAUCUGGACAGUCACUGCACUUGAUUGCAAGAAGAAACUGAUGAAGUCAGGAGUCAUACCUCUCAAUCCUCUGGAUUUUGUGCGUUACUUGACGGACGAGACCUUAGACCUUGUCCAAAUCAAGGCAUUUGAAUCGCUCAUUGAGCUUGAAUUAAUGCUCAAGCCCACCAUCAUGCGACUUCUGCUUACCACAAUGAGCAGACACCAAUCACCAUUCGUGCGAGAUCGACUCUUCAAAGCUUUCUGCCGCGGUCUGGCUGCCAUUGCUAUUGGAGAACACAAGGAGAAAGACAAAGAGAUUGCCGAAGAACCUGAAGACGAUAGCGGUCUGAUUAUUGAGCAAGACGAGGCGGUCAUUCAGCAGCGAAAGGCCGACUUUGAGCGAAAAGAGGACAUCUCUCGAGCCAUGAUCGCACUCAAAGAAAUGUUGAAAGAGAACAAGGAUCUGGGAGAAGAGAUCUGGAAAGCCAUUGAGUCCCCUAUCAUUGGCCUUGACGAAAAACGUAAUCUGCUGGAGAUCUGCGCCACCAUUUUCGAGAAGGACAAUACUCUACUGGUCACCGUGGAGUACCCGAAAUUCUGGACUCUCGAACGGGGAGAAUUUGUUCCUCAAAAGGUUAGCAAGCACCCUCCUCAAAUCUGCCCUCGCCAGAUUGCUGACAUGGAACAGAAAUGCAUGGUUAGCUUCAAGCAGCAACUUAGGACGUCGCUGAAGAGAAAGCGAGAAUUUGAGGUCGAGCCGGAGGCACCCCCACCACCCCCAGAGCAAAAGCCUCCGGAGCCGAAGCGGAUCAAGGUGCAGCCAAGGCCAUCCAUCAAUGGAGACUCGGUUGGGACUGCUACAGUCGUGGAAACUAUGUCUCCCGCCCCUAUACCUCGACAAUCAUCUAUCUCCGUCGCCGCACCCCCGCCCUUGGCAAGAAGUGACAGCAUCUCUGUCCAGCCUCUAUUGAAAGUGCAGUUACCAGUCUCUGCAUCGCCUUCUCCUGCCCCCGAGGUACAGGUCAACGGUAUCAAGCCGAAGCCAACGCCCCAGAAGGCUAAGACUGGGAAGAAGCGCAAGAGUGAUGAUGCUCAGCUCGACGGAGAGAGCUCAAGGCCGCGAAAGAUGGUCACUUUGCGCUAUAACCCAUUGAACCAGUUCGUUAUGGCCAAUCGCCACAAGUGGAGCGCAAGCUCGUCCCCGCGAGCAUCCUCGGUGGACACUUCCACCAUCGUUGCAACACCAGUCAAGCUACAUCCCCCCUCUCUGUCACCGCCUGUGGACGGUCCUUCAGCUCAUCCUACAGCCGGUCCGAAGUCUGAGGCGAAGCCCGUGCGGAAACCAUUGCCAUCAGCAGCCCCGCAUCUGACCACACAGAGCAGCUCACCUCCGGUCGUGUCGGUGAAGCCUGUGGCAAGACAACCACUUCCUUCAGGGCCGGUAUCAUCGUCUCAACCCGCCGCUAGCACACCAACACCAGCACCAAAGCGGCCCAUGAUCAAGCUGAAGCUCAAGAGCUCGAGCAAUCUGGGCGCAUUUCAGGCCAGUCCUCCUCCACCACCUGGCGCGUAG